CAGGACUGUUGGCGGCUUGGCGUCGUCCUUACUCUUCACGCUAUAUGGAAAUGGAGGAGCCGUUGCCGAGACCCUGUCGAGGAUAUGUCGGCGCAUCGAGCCAUGGCGUUGUUAUCGGGGCGUCUAGCAAAAGGGUACCUCACGUUGCGAGAACGGGCGCUUGGCUCCCCCGCUGCUCCUCAUAUCCAUCAAGCAGCUCGGCUUGCUCAUGCGGUGCUCACGGCCGGCGGCGACACCACACCCGAAUACGCUGCAGGAGCACUGGAGACGUCGAGGUUUUUACUUUUCUUCGACGGCGGCUCGAGAGGCAAUCCCGGACCGGGUGGCUUGGGGUCGGUGAUCAUACGGAUUGGUGGCCGUGACCUCUCUCCGGUUGUGAUGUGGAUGGCGAGCGUGUCGUACGCAGCGCACUCCACGACGAAUAACGUGGCGGAAUACUGGGGGCUACUACUGGGCCUUCGG